AAACGGUAUCUGACAGAACACAUGAAAAUACAUACAGGAGAAAAACCAUAUACAUGUGAUAUUUGUAAUAGUGCUUUCAUUCGAAAGAGUAAUCUUAAGCGACACAUGCAAAUACAUACCGGAGAAAAACCAUUUAAAUGUGAUGAAUGUAAAAGCACUUUUGGUCACAAAGGUCAUCUGACAGAACACAUGCGAAUACAUACUGGAGAAAAACCAUUUUUAUGUAAUGUAUGUUAUAAUACUUUCAUUUCAAAGAGUAAACUUAAGCUACACAUACGAAAACAUACUGGAGAAAAACCAUAUAAAUGUGAUAAAUGUAGUAGCACUUUUAGUCAAAAAGAUAGUCUUAAUACACAUGCGAGAAUACAUACUGGAGAAAAACCUUUUCAGUGUAAUGUAUGUGACUCGGCAUUUAGCGACAAGAGAAGCCUUAUGCGACACCUUAGAAUACAUACUGGAGAAAAACCAUUUCAGUGUAAUGUAUGUGACUUAGCAUUUAGCACCAGCAGUAGUCUUAGGAGACACCUAAGAAUACACACUGGAGAAAAACCAUUUAAAUGUGAUGAAUGUUAUAGUACAUUCGGUCACAAAAGUCAUCUGGCAGAACACAUGCGAAUACAUACUGGAGAAAAACCAUUUUUAUGUAAUGUAUGUAAUAAUUCUUUCAUUUCAAAGAGUAAACUUAAACGACACAUACGAGUACAUACUGGAGAAAAACCGUUUAAAUGUGAUGAAUGUAAUAGUACUUUCAGUCAAAAAAGUUCUUUGACAGAACACAUAAGAAUACAUACAGGAGAAAAACCAUAUAAAUGUGAUGUAUGUGAUAAAGCAUUCAGACAAACAGGUAAUCUGAAAUCACACAUGAGAAUUCAUACUGGAGAAAAACCUUACAAAUGUGAUGUGUGUGAUAGUUCAUUUAGCCAAAAGUGUUAUCAAAAGAAACACAUGAGAAAACAUACAGGAGAAAAACCAUAUAAGUGUGAUGAAUGUAAUAGCACUUUUAGUCAAAAAGGUAAUCUUAAUACUCAUGCGAGAAUACAUACUGGAGAAAAGCCAUUUCAAUGUAAUGAAUGUUAUGGUACAUUCAAUCAAAAACGGUAUCUGACAGAACACAUGAAAAUACAUACAGGAGAAAAACCAUAUACAUGUGAUAUUUGUAAUAGUGCUUUCAUUUCAAAGAGUAAUCUUAAGCGACACAUGCAAAUACAUACCGGAGAAAAACCGUUUAAAUGUGAUGAAUGUAAUAGCACAUUUGGUUUAAAAAUUCGUCUGACAGAACAUAUGAGAAAACAUAUUGGUGAAAAACCAUUUUUAUGUUAUGUAUGUAAAAAAGCUUUCAUUUCAAAGAGUAAUCUUAACCCAUUACUUCAUAUACACGCCUUUUAACGCCUCUUUCACCCCCCCCCCCCCUUUUUGUUGUCUCAAAUGAUGAAAAAAUGCCUUAUUUAGGCCCCAAACACUUGUUUUUGUUUGAGAAAUGUUGUUAAAAAAAGUGACCUCUUUUUCGGCGCGGCCCCCCAACCAAAAGAUACAUCAGGGGGUUGCCAGAAGGGGGAUGUGCCCCCUUCUGUUUGAAGGGGGGCGGAGUCCCCCUCAUCGCCAAGAAAAAUUUUGGACUUGUGAGAGGCUGUAAAUGACCCCAGAUUGAUCAUAAGGUAACGUGUAACCAACGCUGAAAAGCAUUUGACUCUAUCUCAAUCCAUUGAGAAGUUGCAGCACUUUGAAAUCAAUUUUGAUGGAAAAAUCAACGCAAAAUAGUGAUUUUUGGCAAUUUUGAGAUGUCCCCUCGUUGCCAUGGUAACAGAAAAUUUAAGCCUGAGCAUGUUGUUGCAAGGGCAAUGGUCCAGUCAACAUUUGUGCCAAGUUUGAUUAGUGUUGAAGCAGUUUUUAUAGUAUUAUAGCAAUUUGAACUUGUAACGGGAGACUUUUCAAUGAAAACAGCCAUUUUUCACAAAAUGCUCAUGAAGUAAUGGGU